AACGACCCGAUCUCCCGAGAAAAUUUUUCGCUUUUAAUACACUUAUGGGUCAAAUUGCGAAGUGUUUGUACAUUUCAAGAAGUUUGUAUCAUACAAGCCCUGUCUCGAGACCAUGGCAGCAGAACUGGAGGACAGUAUUUCAACGAUUUUUCAGGGUAAGAUCUUCCUCUGGAGAUCAUGCUAGUUUUUGAUACGAUUUUUGAACUACAGGGUACUCUUUUUUUUGAUUUUCCCUUUCGUCUGCUUUGUUUAUUACGCUCCUAAAUGGUUAUGUAAGGUUUUCCAGAACGUUAAUUGAUUUCGUCAUACGUUAUGAUAUUCUGCGUAUAUGUUGCCGGUAGAUUCAUAUUUGUGCGCAUAAACCUCACUGCAGAAGAUAAUUCUGACACAAAAAUGAUAAAGUAAGUCCUAAAUUUGGCAAGAUUUAUACCGAAAGAGAGAGUGAAUGAGGUAAAUGGUGGUUCAAACAGACUUUUUUCAGUUCUUUUAACCUCGUGUGUUUCGUCACAUGUUUGGCUCAUUGCGUUACGCAACAUACAAUUGAGUUCAGAACUCUUGAAAGUGCCGUAUUGUAGCUUCUGUUUACUUGAUCUAAGUUGAAUUAUUUCUUUUAAAGUUCUGAUAUUGCCGAAAGAAAAAUUCCAUUCGAAAUUUCAGCACCAUUACAGCACUUUACAGCACUUUGACUCGUAGUUGAUUGCGUGCAGAUGUUAGCUUAGCAAGCCCCGCUAUCCUUUCUUCUAACAUCUCUACCACUUGUGUUACCUUCUUUGAGCCAAGUUUGUAUUUUUUUUGUCAUUGUCUGUGUUCUAUAGUUUUUCCAUUUCUCUUGUAAUCGUCAUUUUGUUUGAAAUUGUUUGUGGAAGCACUGAGCAUGAAAACAGUGUUCAGAACUGCAGUUAGUGUGGCUUAGACAAAACUGUAUGGGGGAGUCUAGCUCAAUUUUAAAAAGAUUUUAGGAAAAGAAAACAAAUUUGCCAGUUUCCAGAGUGACUUACUGCUAAGAAAUUGACUUUUACAAUGACAUGCAAGCUGCACUUUUUUCCACAAUUUUUGCAACAAAUCAGGCAUGCAGCUUAGCUGCAAGGACUUUAAUGAAAAAAAAUAUGUUGUAAAUUUGCAUAAACUAAAAGCUAACUAAAGAGGACUUCAUUAAAAGAUGCAACGAUAGGAAUUGAUCAUUGCUUUUGCAAGUUUGGUGACUUCUAUAAUAGUGUAAGCUUAUAUUUCAUGCUGUUGAGUGGUUACACCUUUAAUUAAUAGCGACUUUUUUUAAUCAGUAUUAAGAGCAGCACAUCUGCUAGCGAAACUUAUUUAGCUACAAAAUUUAACAUAAUUUAAUCCUUACUUUCUAUGUUUGCAGUCUGGAGAAAAGCCUGUCAUAUUUAACUUCACAGACAAGGGACCAUCAGAUUGUUAUUUACACAGAGGAGCUUAUGGACUCUACCUAGUUGGAAGUUUUAUCUCUUUUUAUGGAGUAUACCUGAUGAUAAAUUGUAAGACAAAGAAAACCUCACAGUGAAUUCUUCAUGGGGACUUUAAUAAUUUUCUACUGCAAUUCUACUCAUGUGUGGACACUCGAUAGACAUUUAUUCAAGUGGACUGUCAUGUUGGAAACUUCAGCUUGGAAUUGUCUCAUCUUGUAAAAGAAUUGGUCAAGUUGACUUUGAACAUGUUAAGACUAUUUCAAGUCACUUGGAAAGUCAUGCAGUCAUUUCCCAGAACAAUGUGUUUUAUCUUCUUGGUUUGAAUGUUUGGCAAACAUGAUGAUAAUGCAGAGACUUGAACACCAACUGAAACAAAAUCAGUGAAGUUACAAAAAAUACUCCACUGAGUGUCUUUUCUGGGUUGUAAAACCAUCAUGUGACGCAACAUUUAUUUAAGAAAUUCUAUCUCUAUGUGAAGAGAUUGUGGGUGAAGUAAAUUUAAAGUGAGCAUUCUUCUUGGCCACGCAAUUCUAACUUUAGACCGACAGAAGAAUUUACAACUGGCUUUUGAGAGCAUUUUUUUUUAGAAUAGAGUUAUUAUCAUGUUGGAAGAAACAUUGCUUGUGUAUUGUCACAGCACUCCUUUGCAAUUGAUUUAAACAUUGACCUUUAAAUAAAUACAGGAAGCAACCUAUUUUUUUCACAGGUUAAAUAGGAGCUAAACUAUUUGUGGAAGGAGAGGUCAAGAUUUAUUAUUUAUGAGAUGUAACAUAGAAACAGUAAUGUAUAUCAUUGUUAAAGUGACAUUUGAUCGUAAUAUUGCAAAUCAAACCUUUGUGUUCGUGUGUUAAAUAUUAUUUCAUCGUUAUCAUUUGGUGGGGAGAAGAUGGAAGUCUCUUCCUCCACCAACAAACAGUCUUUUCCAGAACAACAAAUCUUAGGGAGUGACCAAGUCAGAAUUGGGUUCAGUUUUACUUAAGGAGAAUGUUGCAGGUUAUCAAGACUAAUGACCAAAACAAUUCUGUAGCAAAUUCACUGGUUAUGGCCUUGAUCUCAAAAUUACCAAAGGAGAGCCUUAGAUUUCUAAAAUACAAUACACAUGUGACGAUAGUUGCUAGAUUAAUUCAACUUAUGAGCUGUGUACAGCACACACUUGCUUGAGCAUAUAGUGCAACUGCUCCUUGAAUGGAAUGACAAUUCAUGUCAGUGUUAUCAUGUACUUAGUAUGGUUUCCCUGAUGACUAGCUGUUGUUUUUGGAAGGGAAAAGCUCUAAACAGUCUACAGUGUCUUCUACAAGUACACAAUGACCUUACUAGGAUUGAAACUGAACCCUCUAUCCAGGAAUCAAAUCCUCUAUUGAGUCUCUGCCACGCCACUACAUUACCCCAAAAGUGAAAAUAUUCUACUGUUGGCACCCUGUAGAGGGGAGUUUAUGA